AUGUCCUCCCAAUCACACGACCUUCAGCCACCGAUUACAAGGUCGAGUUCCGCCGAGGAAAUCAAAGUCACCGAGACAACAAGCAACACAGUGUACACACCCGUCAAGCCAGAGUCAGCUGCCAAGGAGGGAGAGGCCGCUGCGGUUGUCGUUGACGACACGGAGGCAGCACAUGAUCCAAUCCAAGAGCCGACAGGACCGGUGAAGGAUGUUGUGGAGACGACUUGCACUCCAGACGAGCCUUCACUCGCUCGAAGCACGCCCACCAGUCCCACUCCAGCCGCCGAGCCUUCGCAUCAACUGGCUCCUCCAGCAGAACCCAUUCGUCCUCCUUCCCAGAACUCGUCCCAGAACUCUUCCGAGAAGAGGUUAAGGCUCAAUCUUAGCAAGUCGAUGCAAAACUUGAAGAAGCGCAAGGGGAGUGAGGUGAAGACCAGAAAACGGGGUAAUUCUCAGAAUGAGAAAGAGAGCAUCCCUCCAGUACCCACUCUUCCCGGUCGUCCCGUCGUUGCUACAGCAGAGAAGCCGAAAUCCUUCGGUUUCGCUGCAUUCUUCCGCAAGCUCACCGGUCAGUCUUCUGAGAAGGAGCGAUGCGACAAGAAGAGCAAAGCCGAGAAGAAGAAGACUCUGUUCGCAUCAGCUUCCAAGGCUGUACAAACCGAGGACAAGGUGGCGCCCCAGGAGAUCAAGGAGGCUCAGAAAGAGACAAAGGAGAUCGUCCCUGAAGAGAAGGUGGUGGAAGAGAGCAAGAUUCCGAUCUCAGCUGUUCAACCGGCCGCACAAGGACCAGUCGAUCCUUGCCAGAUACCACUUCCGCCCUCACCUCUCGUGGCUCCUAUCAUUCUUGAGCCAGUCAUCGCACCGGCUGCCGACCAGAAGGACACCACCAUCAAUCCCCAAGCUCAGGCCAUGCUCUCGCUUGAAGGCUUCUCCAUCAACACCAAUGCUCCCCCUGCUAGGUCUUCAAGCUCUGAUGCUCAGGUGUCCCCUCGGCAGAUCACUCAAAGAGCGCCAGAGGACCGAAUGCCUUCCCCUAUCCGCAUCCCCUCGGUGCCCAACCUUCGAGUGAAGACGCCGCUCUCCGCGUCGUCUGUUGGAUCCACAGUCGACGAAGACCGAUUGAUCACUCCCGUCGAGUCGCGCAGCAGCGCUCAUGGAUCAUCAUUGGAAAGGGCGAGUGUCUUUGCCGGAAGAGCGGGCGAGACCAAGCUGCAGCCGAGGAGGAGUCACAGCCCACCUAAAACAACUGAUUUGAGCGAAAUGGGUAUGGGUGGAGGCCCUGGUUCUUCUGGGUUGGCAUCCACAAAGAGCAAGAGCUGGCGGAGGUCUAUGAUUAAUCUCUCGAGCCCGCUUGACCGUCGCGAAUCUCACAAGCGCCCACCUACAUCCCACGAUGCUUGCAUCGCUCAGCAGCAGCGUAUCAAGCUCAACAGGGUUUCUUGUCAGCCCGUGAUCUACAGGACGGGGGCCGAAGCUGUCAGGGGCAAGAUGGCAACUAUGGGCAUGAGGGAGGAGGACGAGGAGGUUGCUGAGACAUUCUUCAUGUCAUGA